AUGACGACAUACAUGCGCGCAGUUGACGUCAAGGGCGGUGCCGGCCAUGCGGACGCUCUGUUCAUCAACGACAAGACGCCGAAGCCGACGGCCGGGGACGGCGAGGCCGUUGUCAAGGUCAAGGCGUUCGGGCUGAACCGCAUGGACCUCUUGCAGCGCGAGGGCAAGUACCCGCUGGGCCCGCACAUCCCCAAGACCAUGGGCGUCGAGUUCAGCGGCGUCAUCGAAUCCCUGGGCACGCAUCACAGCACGAGUGCCCCGACGGGCGACGCCAGCGGCGCCUUCAAGGUCGGCGACGAAGUCUUUGGCCUCGCCUACGGCGGCGCCUAUGCCGAGUACCUCGCCAGCUCGGUGCGCAUGUUGGUGCACAAGCCGGCCUACCUGUCGUGGGAGCAGGCCGCCGCCAUCCCCGAGAACUGGAUCACGGCGCUGCAGGCGCUGCACGAGGUCGGCGGCUUUCGCGGCGACCUGGGCCAGACGGCGCUGUGGCAUGCCGGCGCGUCCGGUGUCAGCAUUGCGGGUAUCCAGCUGUCGAAGCUGGCGGGCGCGUCGGCCGUGUACGCGACGGCGGGCACGGACGACAAGUGCGCGUUCCUGGUCCGGGCGCUCGGCGCCAAGGCGGCGUUCAACUACAAGACGCACAACUGGGCCGACGAGGUGCUGGCGGCCACCGACAACAAGGGCGUCGACUUUAUUGUCGACUACAUUGGCGCCGACUACUUCCAGAAAAACCUGGAUGCCGCCGCGCUCGACGCACACAUUGUGUUGCUGGCGCUGAUGAGCGGCGCGCAGCUGCCGGCCGACGUCAACAUCAGCAACAUCCUGCGCAAGCGGCUGCGCAUCGAGGGCAGCGGCCUGCGCAGCCGCGCGCCCGACUACCAGGGCCGGCUGCGGGACCGGCUGGUGACGGUGCUGCCGCACUUUGAGGCCGGCAAACUCAAGCUGUACCUGGACAAGGUGCUGCCUUGGGAGCAGAUCCGCGAGGCGCACGAGUACAUGGAGAAGAAUGUGUCCAUGGGCAAGAUUGUUUGCACAAUCAACUGA